AUGUUAUUUAUCAGAGAAAAUAACAGUGACAACAUUGAAGUACUUAGAGGUAUUUGUCACGAUUAUGUUGUGAGGCUCAUUCAAGCGUUGGUUGUGAGAUUCGCAAAUCCGUUACGUAAAUCAACAUGUUUUGAAAUAUUCGAAGAGUACCAUCUCAAAGAAUAUGAACUAGAGAUAGACACUUACCAAGAUUUUGUUGAUCUUCAACAGAGACUGGCGGACCCACAAUUGUUAAUGAAAAUGAAAAUGUACAUGCUCGAAAUGGACAUACCACGUCUUGAUGAGUACGACGAUUUUGCAGAUGAAGCAGAAUUGAUAAUGGAGUGGUGUCAUGAUAAUAUAAACUCUGUUAGUAAAAUUAAAGCCAAAAUGGAUUUAAUUUAUAAAUCGCCUGAAAUCAGAUGCACAAAGGAUCAAAAAGAUAUAAUAGACACGGCUUUUCCAACUGGACAUUUCAGCUCUGACUUACCAGGAUCAGAUGACGGUUCUUCGGCGACAGAAGGAAGUUUAGAAAGCA